AUGGUGUCCGGCCAGACUUUGCAGUGGUUUGGUCUGUUUCUUGGCCUCCUGCUCCUGCCUGCAUUGAUUUUCCCUUCCAGCGGUGAUCCCAUGCAGCGGCCCGACCGGAAGCAUUGGGCUGGUGUUGGUGCCACAAGGGGAGAUGAUCAGGACUGGGUAUUUCGGGGCAGCGGAGUUGGGGAGUUGUGCAGCUCCAUCCAUGUCUGCAGGGUCAUGUGGGUGCAGCAUGCUGGUGGCUGGUGA